ACUCUCGGACAUACUCCACAAAGCUUCCAGAGCCCAGCCUCGCCCUACUGGACCAGGAUCUGAACCAGAACAAGGACAUAAACCUAAGCCAUAGGCUGGACCUUAUUGCUGUGGCCAUCCAUCCACAGAUUCAGUUCUGUGGAGUCCACUGGCCCCUGGACCACCUCUGUCACCACGACAACCACGAGCACCUCCACCGCAUCCUCCAUCCACUCCCUGCAUCCCUCCACACUACUUUCUGAGGUGCUGCUCUCUACUCCACACCUCUCUUUCCAUCUCUCUCUCUGUGCACUACACCUCCAUCACCACUAGAGUGUGCUGCUGCGCUGCUCUCUGCCCUCCACCAUGGAGAAGGUGCAGCACAUCACGCGCGCGGCCAUCCGGAGGGCGUCCACCAUGGAGGUGCCCCAGCAGGCCAAGCAGAACAUGCAGGAGCUCUUCGUCAACUUCUGCCUCAUCCUCAUCUGCCUGCUGCUCAUCUACAUCAUCGUCUUGUUAAUGUGAGCUGGAGGAGGAGGGGGUGGCCUGCUGGUCAAUGGGGGCCAUGGACUCUGUCGAUUAGAGGGCGUGGUCUCUAGUGGUGUGGGGUGGUCAUAAAAGAGUUUUAUAAGGGGAUUUAAGAGUAUGUGAGUUAAUCAUACUGCAUGUAUUUCACCCACCAAACCUGUAAAUAAAUCACCCAUAUAGUAACAUUAGCACACUGACAAUCAGCCUUAACCCUUAGAAGUCAUAGGUAUCACAAAUGCUAAAAAAAAGUAAUCACAUAAUCAUGUAGUUAAUUAUGCAAAUAUAUAAUUUAAAUUAAAAUACUAUACCAAAAGCAAAACAACAGUAAUAACUCUAGACUGCUAAGGAUUAACUGAAGUGGAGUGGCAGUGUUGAACUGAGGACAGCCAGUAGAGUGAGAAGAAGAAUUUUGACGGGGCUGCAGGGGAUGAGGGGACUGUCAUCACUACAGGCAGCUGCUGAGAGGCUGUGGUCACUCCUGUCCUCCACCCCACUCACCACUCCCAACUCCCCACCUCCCCACUGCAUGCUACUUUUCACAAAUGGACUUAAAGGCACUGAGCACUAUGCUAGCCAUCCCUGACCCAAAGCACUGUGACACGCUGAAAUAUACUAAGACUACAAUAAACACUAAGUGAUUUGAA